AAAAGGUGCUCUGGGUGACAAACUACCAACACUGUGACUGUACAUCUUCCCUCUAUGCCUUCUGUGGCAAACACUUGGUGGAUCUCUCUCCUAAAGCUAGCAAGGUUCCUGAAGCCUUGAGCUGAAUCGACAAAGCAAUUGUAUGAAAGAUGCUGACCAUGCAUUAGAAUUCCAGAUACUGCCAUAAAUUUGGAUUAUAACAUUUAUUCUGGAUUGUGUAAGGGAACGAAAGCGACAAUGGGGAGGAAGAAAAUACAGAUUACUAGGAUCAUGGAUGAACGGAACAGACAGGUCACAUUUACCAAGAGGAAAUUCGGGUUAAUGAAGAAGGCCUACGAGCUAAGUGUACUCUGUGACUGUGAAAUUGCACUGAUUAUUUUCAAUGGCUCUAACAAACUGUUUCAAUAUGCGAGCACUGACAUGGACAAAGUCCUUCUCAAGUACACGGAGUAUAAUGAGCCACACGAGAGCAGAACCAACUCUGACAUUGUGGAGACUCUCAGAAAGAAAGGCUUAGAUGGCUGUGAGAGCCCAGAUGCUGAGAGAUACUUUGAGGAAGACACAUUCGCCAAAUUAAAUGAAGAUAGUGAUUUUGUUUUCAAGCGAGACCCUGCCCUGAACAAGAAAGAACACAGAGGCUGCGACAGCCCGGACCCAGACGGCUCUUAUGUCCUCACCCCCCACACAGAGGAAAAGUACAAAAAAAUUAACGAGGAAUUUGAUAAUAUGAUGCGCAAUCAUAAAAUCUCUCCUGGACUACCACAGCAAAACUUCUCAAUGUCUGUGACUGUCCCGGUGUCCAACCAAAACAUUUUGACGUACAGUUCUCCAGGGAACACACUCGUCACACCUUCACUGGCUGCCAGCACCUCAAUAACAGACACAGGCAUGCUGUCCCCUCCUCAGACAGGGCUACACAGAAAUGUGGGCUCCCCAGGGGUGUCACAGAGGCCGCCUAGCACUGGCAAUGCAGUAAACGCCUAUAAUAUUUUGGCAGGUGUAAUGUUAUGCGCGUCUGACAUUGCUGUACCAAAUGGAGCCAGUGGCAGUCCAGUGGGUAAUGGGUUUGUAAAUCCAAGGGCUUCUCCGAGUCUUCUAGGACCUGCAGGGGGCAAUGGACUGGGAAAGGUUAUGCCAACUAAAUCCCCACCUCCUCCAGGGGGCAACCUGGGAAUGAACAGCCGGAAGCCAGACUUGCGUGUGGUCAUACCUCCCUCCAGCAAAGGAAUGAUGCCUCCUUUGACAGAAGAAGAUGAAUUAGACCUGAAUACCCAAAGGAUAAGCAGCUCUCAGUCUACACAGCCUCUUGCCACUCCAGUGGUCUCUGUAACUACUCCCAGUUUGGCAACGCAGGGCCUGGUGUACUCUGGCAUGCCAACUGCAUACAAUACAGAUUUCUCCCUCACCAGUGCGGACCUGUCUGUUCUCCAAGGGUUUAACUCUCCAGGAAUGCUGCCUAUCGGACAGGUGUCUGCGUGGCAGCAGCAUCACUUAGGGCAAGUCGCCCUCAGCUCUCUUGUGGCUGGUGGGCAGUUAUCUCAGGGUACAAACUUAUCCAUCAAUACCAACCAAAAUGUCAACAUAAAGUCAGAGCCGAUAUCUCCUCCACGAGACAGAGUUGCCUCGUCUGCAUUCCCUCCACAGCACCAUCAACAUCAACACCAGGCCCGCCCAGAAAUGGGCAGGUCACCCGUCGACAGCCUAAGCAGCUCCAGCAGCUCUUAUGACGGGAGUGACCGAGAGGACGUCAGGAAUGAUUUCCACUCUCCUGUCAGCAUGGGACGAAAUUCCAAUAAUGAGGACAGAGACAGCCCCUCCAUGAAGCGUAUGAGGAUGGAUGCAUGGGUGACAUAAAGCCUUCACUUUCAUCUUUUGUGGCUGAGUGCCCAGCAUAUCUAAAAAAACGUUUACAGAGGAUGCAGGACCCUUAAUGUAUAUUCACAGUGUAUGUGUAAUAUAUAUAUAUAUAUGUACUUCUAUAAUGUAUAUUAGGCAUACACGCAAAUAUAGGGAGAGAGAAAUAUAUCACAAGUCUAUCUUUUGUGUGUUUCUGUCAGCUCGCUUGUGUUUAUCACAGAUCUAUCAGGUACCUGCUGCAGUGACUGUACACAGACCUACAACAAUCUAUGUGGCGCUUAUGUGGCGUUUGGAAUAACCCUUUUCUAAAGGGGAAAAAACUUUCUGCAUCUUAUACUGUACCACAUUGAGACUUCUAUAGUAAAGGGAUGUUUCUUUAAUAUGGGGAUGAGGUUAGUGAAAACAUGCUUCAUCCCUAUAGUGCAGUGCCACGUCCCUUCAACACCUCAGCCUACUUGACCCCUUACUACUAAGGGGGUUUGCAUUAAAAGAAAAAAAAUUAAGCAACGCGAUCUGUUCAUAGCCCCUCUGUAAGCAGACGAGUUAAAACUAUGGCUUUGUAGCAGGAAUGAAAACCCAAAAGCAGGAAACAAAAGAGAGCAAUACUGUAUAUGAAAUGUUGUAUCCUACCGAACCAUACGUAAAUCCCCAUUCACAAAAGGAAUAUGAAGGGCUUAAGCCACAUUAUCUAUUUUUGCACGUGCAACACAAACAGCAAUUGUACCAGGGAAGAAAAAGGAGGUUCUCCUGAAUUGUGUGUCCUUAAAAAAAAAAAAAAAAUGGGAAAAAAAUGGGGGAGGGCGGCAGGUCUAAGCAUGAAAAUUUAUACGCCUGUUGGAGGCAUUUAAAAAUAUUAAUAUAUUAAGUUAUAAUUGGGAUACGUUUCAGAACAUUAUUAUUUUUAUUUUAUUUUUUUGUUACAUUCAUACCUUGAAAACAGAUAUAAGAAAUGAUUUUAGCUUGUGUAUAUUUUAUAUUCUUAAAAAUUAAAUAAAACAAUACCCAUAAGAAUUAAUAACUAUAUAUAAAAGUAAUAUACUUUUGAACACUUUGUGUAAGGAAUUAUUUAUAUAAACCAAAGCUAUAUGUUCGAGUUUUUUUGUAGACUAUAGCUCUAUCCUGUUAUUUCAUGAUUUUUAUAUUUUUUUGUUUUGGUUUGUUUUUAAAAUUUCUUUACAUUUUUUUUGCUUUUGAGAGUAAAAAAAAAAAAAAAGUAAACAUAAAUAAUGCAACAUCAGCAAAACGAAAAACAAGCCAUGCUAUACUUAUAAUUGUAUGUGUAAAUUAAUAUUUGAGCCAAACUUUGUAUAUAGCAUCCUAAAUAUUUCACCACAGGGUGUAAGUACCAAUGUAUUGUAUGCUCACCAAACUUAAAAAGGAGAUCUAUAAUGUUAUUCUAAAAAUAUUUUUGUGGAUUGCUGCCAACUUGAAAUGAUAAAAGGCAAUAUCCUAUCAUGUAGAGUAUUCAAUGUGUAAUGUACAAUUUUGUCAAACAUGCUGUAUUCCCUUUUGGGUAUUAAUUGCUAGUACUGUUACUGUACAACUCCUUUUUUUUCUGAGAGUUGUAUAAAAUUUUGUUUUGUGCUUUUCACAGUGGUGUGUAUUUUUGUUAAUUUUUUUUUUAAAUCUAAUUUAAUUCACUUUGUAUUUCAUGCACAGCAACGUGGCAAAAUAUAUGUAAUGAACUGAUUACAGAAGACAAAUGCUCAGGUUUCAGAAUGCAGCUGGACGGUUUAGAACGUAGUAUCCUGAUGGUGGCGCUCUAUAGUAGUCUAGCAUAGAGUGCCUCCAGUCGUGGGUAUUGUACACGAUUGAUGACCGUGUUUGUGUUUUCAAUAAUUGUUUACAGCAGAAAGUCAUGGAUAAAUAAUGUCCAUAUUGUAAGUAAAAUUGAAAUAAGUUAAGCACAUUUAAGUGGUGUGGCUUCUGGACGGAAAGCAGUGGUCUCUGUUUCCUCUUUUAGUUAAUUGAAAAGUGAAAUGUUUCUGUUCUACAAUAAUAAGAUGGCUCAUAAUAUAUAUGUUAAAUCUGAUCUUAGUGCUAGUAAAAUUCUACAUACCUAUAUCCAUAUGAUGCAUUUCCCCUUAUUUUUACAUCUACAUUGCCACUGGUCCAGUAUUUGUAUAUAUAUAUAUAUAUAUAGCUGUCCAGUAAUGUGAUGGCUGUGAGAUGGGUCAUUACAUCACUGAUGAAAUGUGAAUAUCAUUACAGGAUGCAUUGUUUUGGAGGGUAGCAGUUGAUUUACCGAUGGACACAAUACCGACGGUCUUAAUCCCGACACACAUUGACUGACAGUCAAAAUACCGUCAUGCAUUGUGCCGACCUGUUUAAAAUGCCGACAUAAUCGGAAUACCAACAUUUGAGAUGUCAAAAUACCGACAUGCAUUCUUAAGGAAUUUUUCCCCCAAAACAGACUUGUUCAUACUUCACCAUCCCAGUGGACCUGGAGGGGGAAUAUAAUAGUGUGCCAAGCGCAGCGAGGCCCAGGGGACGCGGUACACUUAGGCGUUGUCCAUGCCGACCUAUGUCAACAUUGACACACUCAUGUCGGUGUUUUUACAUGUCGGCAUAUGAAAUGUCUGUAUUCUGACUGUUUGCAUUUUGAACAUGUCGGCAUAAUGAAUGUCUGUAUUUUGACUGUAGGCCAAUGGCUGUCGGGAUUAUGACCGUUGGUAUUGUGUUGGUCUAUAAAUCAUACCGAACCCGUUUUGGGUUAGUACUAUGAAUAGGGAUGGGCUUUACCAAUAACUUUCUUGGUGUUAGUCCCGUGUAGCAGUAUAGAGAUAUUUUGGGGUUAAUGUAAAGCGUUCACAAUUGCAGGCCACAUUGCAGGCAUAAAAUGCAAAACAUGACACCAUCCGCAUAUUCAUCCAGUAAACACCAGACAUACACAUACACUUGUGCUUUCAACCAUUUAUUUUGCUUGUGAAAUACAUUCGCUGUUGGGUUUCACAAGUUCCUUUAAUACAUUAAAACUUUAUAUAUGCAACAAUGAAAGCACCAGUGGUGCAUUUGCAAUAAGCCAAUCACAAGCAGUAUUGGCAUCUAGCCCUAGCUGCCUGUAAAUAAUACUGCUUGGACAGAUGUAUAUGUGCCUGGGUACUGGUCUGCAUAUACUGCACAACAAGCACUUAGUAUACAUGACCCUUGUAUGGUUUCCAGGUUAUACUGUAUGAUCCAUGUACACAACGCCUCUGGCACUGGAGAGUCUAUGGGACAUUUUUUUUAAAGCAGAUAUAUUUUUUUUUUAUGUAUUCUAUAAAUCUUGUCAUACAUAUUGGGCUCCUUCCUGUGUCGUAAAGUAAUAGAAGUUACACAGUAUCUUUCCGCAGAGGAUUGGCUAUUUAUCGUUGCAAUGGUCAAACAUGGCUGCCUGGUUACACCAUCCACACAGAACAUGUGAAUAAAAUGUAUUCCUCAGUUUCUGUACAUACAUAUAAGUUUUCUAGUGGUGUUACUAGAAUUUUACCAGGCCCUUUGAAAAACUUUUACCUCAACAUUGUCAAGCUUCACAAUCCCAGUUCUAACUGCAGAAAACCAUAAUAUCUGCUCUGACAAAACAGCACUCACUAGUGAGGCCACUACUAGACAAGUGUUGUAACAUUGUGUCUUGCUAUACAUCAGGAAUCUGGUAUUAAUCUACCAAUUACAUUUAUUUGCUACGUUGCUAUGUGUGAAGUCCAUUAAAUGAAACCUGCAGUGGUGACGAUGAAACAUUUUAAUUUUCGUAUAGAGGUUUAUUAAGUUAUGGACGCCUUUCCCCUGUUGUGAGUGUGAAUAUAAGCAGUAACACUUUCCCCUUUACUGUCUAUUAUCUUGUGUGCCUUACAAAAUGGCUGUGCUGACUGUAUUAUUGUCCUAUGCAGAAUGAUUCCAAACGAAACCUUUAACUAAGCUGUUCAGGAAUGAGCUACUUUUUAUGGGCCAGAGAACAAAUUCUAUUAAAAAAAAAAAGCGUCAGUUUCAUUAUUUCCACCUAAUCAUUCAAAAUCUGUUCAAACGUAAGACACUAAAACGUAAACAUGCUAUGUAUCACCCAUCUUUUAAAAUAUGACUUUUUGAAUAUGAGAAACUGGAGUGGGACUUGUUCCUUUUACAUUUCUCCAUAGUAAUAUAUACUGCACCAAGUUGCUUAGAAUUGUAACGUGUAGAAGGUUUUAUGACUGAGGUUUGUUUGUCAGGUUUAAAUCGGGAGGUUUAUUCCAUCCAAUUAAUGUGUAUAGAUUACACCAUAGAGAGUCUGUACAUACUGUAUACUUUUUUAAAGAAUAACUGACAAAUAUGCAUUUAAUUAUGUUGUGUAAAAAUAUAUAAAUAUUACAACACUGCAGUUUCUUUAAUUGUGCACAUUUAUGCUUGAAAAUAUUUAUUAAUUUUAAGUAUUGCUGUCUGUUUUGUUCACUUAAUCUAGGCAAUUUCAUUGUUUUGGGCGCAUGUAGCUCCCAUCUAAAGUGACCGGGAGCUAUACAAUUGUUUUGCUAGGCACUGCACGUAUCGCAUAUUUCUGCUCUCACCCUCUCGAGAAAUCCAUGUAAAGUAUGCCUUGUACUUAGCACAGGAGAAACCAUUUUACGCAGCUAAUCCCACAAGAAUGCAGCUAUCACAACCAGAGUGAGGAUGUCCGUGGAAAUAAUUGAAUAACUCCCAUCAUGUUUGACAGGCGCUACGGGCACCCAAAACAAUUGAAUCACGUCCAAUGGAGGGUUUUCCCCUCAAAGUACAUGAAGUAGUAUAAACUGGGACUGAAAGCUCUCCACAGAAGGCUUGUCGGAUCAUAGGAUAAGCAACCUGUGGUUCUCCAGCAGUUGCAGAACUUUUAGCAAGUAGUGCCAGCCUACUUUCAGGUUAUGUGCUUUAGUAUUAGUUAAAGUAUUUAAAACAAAUGUGUAGUGUCCCAGAAUGGAUGUAGACCUUUAUCGUAUUUAAUUGGGGUGUCCUACUAAAAAUAAUAAAAAAGUUCAAAUCUGGUUUUUACCUGCAGUGAGCUAAUCAAUAGGGAUCUUGUGGGACUGAUUUUGGUCUAAUUACUGUACAUGUAAUUGCUUUAUGGAUCUUGUGUCCACGCCACCCAUGUAAUAGUGGUAAUAAGUGUUAUGACUUUUUCAAAUGCAUUGUGCAGUAUUUCAAAUAAGACAGGGUCUGCAAACCAGAAUGUUCUAAAACGAGUGUGCCGGCACCUGGGUAAGCUCAUUCAAAAUAUUGAUAUGUGAGUGAGCUGUAAAGUACAGUCCUUGUAGGUUGUAAUGCUAAAGGAUCUUAACCACUUUCAUCCACUAGAAUGGCUACAAGUGUCAGGAUUCUAUUGGCUACUGAUAAGUUAGGUGACAGGGUCAGUGUAGCUGAUAUAAAAAGUUUUCUGCUUUUGCUCAAGGGAGAAAAAAAAAAAAUAAUAAUAAUAAUGCCUUUAUUUAAUAAUUAUAGGACAUGUUUGAUCAUGUAACAUCCCUGCUUUUGCUUUGUCAGUAAGUGGCACUACUCAAACUCCCCAACAAGAAAGUUAGGGAGCCCAAUUUCUAAUUUAUGCAAAUGCACAACUUUCACAAGUGCUGCGCUGAAAAUUAUUUGGAAUAAAAGUAUGCAUUUUAGUGUAAUAGAAGCCUUUAUUACUUUACCCCUAAUGUUUCUGCAAUACAUGCCUAUUUCUAAGUUUUUUUUGUUUUUUUUUAAUAUUGAUACCAAAAAAUAUAGAGGAUACAAAAAAAAGGGGUCUCAAAAACUUUUAUUUGUGUCAAACUAGUUGCAGAUUGGACUUGACAAUAGCUGGACAGUCUCCGAUUGCGUAUCCCUUUUAACACUUACUAUAAUAGAGGCCAUUGGACUCCUGUUAAGACUAGCAGAGAUGUGGUGCAAUGUGGCAUUAUAAGGAAUAUACCGAUUUGUCACAUCUGCUGCCUUACCAAUCAUUUUUUAACAUGACCCAUAUCUGCACACAAGAAAUACAUAGUAAACAUGGAAUUUUUAAUGUUUUUAGAAAAUUUAACACGGCUGGGAAACAGUUAAUGAACAUGCCAGACUCUUCAGUACGGAUCACAGAGCAAGCCUUUUAUGUACCGUGACAGUGAACUCUUUGCUUGAGAUGAACCUCGGAUGUUUUUGCAAGUUGGUCAGGGUAUGCGGACUAUGAUCUAUUUGGCGGCAGAAGCUGGACUUUGUCGCAGUCACUUUGGCGUAAAGGGAAUUACAAAACAAAAUUGAACUUUUGAGAAUUUGCUCCAUGGGUGUAUCAUUUUAUCUUUAUUUUACAUAAUGAUAUUCUUGUGACUUUUUGUUGAAUGUUAUAAGAAAAAAAAAAUGAAUAGCGAUUGUAAAAUAUUUGUAUCCUGCAUUCAUGAAAGUAAAUAUAAUGGCUUUUACCGUG